AUGACCGUUAAGCAAACUAAGACGGCGCCACCCGCUACUCGGGAGGAAUCCGGGACCCACUCGGUAAGUGAAGGUUCAAAGGAUGCUUUCAGUCGUCUUUUGAAGACCACCAAGGCCGAGGUCCCAAUGGCUUUCCUACGAUACAUUGAAAAUGUCAAGUUCUUGAGAUAUUCUCGUUCCGGGGAUACGGCAUGCUUCCCGUGCCCCUUGCGUGAGCAAGAAACAGUAGCAGCACUUAAGGCAUUGGAAGGGUGUGCCGCUGCCGCCAUUGCAGAUAUUCGAGGGACAAAACGUAAACGAACAAUUAACGUCACUUUGGAAAGUGUGGCAGCCUUUUUAAUGUCUACAUACAUCACCAGUAUCGACGGCUUGGAUAAGUGUAACCCCAAAUCCAAGGAACGGAUUCCAGAUACCGAUCUCAACCAAGCUCAAUCGGUCUUAUACCGGCGCCUUUCGGCGGGCUUAUACGAAACAAGGAACCAGGGCGAGUACUAUCAUAUUCAUGGGUCAUUGGAAGCUACCAAGACCCUGAAGAUGAUCGGCCUUCCCGCUUUUUCUCCCGGCUUAACAGAUUACCAUGCUUGUAUUAGCACUAUCGAAGGGGCUGUCAAGCAGUUUUCCGGAGCUGAAUUGGAAAGGCUGAACCGAGAACAUGGCCAGGCAGGCGUCCCUGUCCUCACCAAUGAAAAAUUUCGAAAGAGCAGCCAUGGCAAAUCGAUGGCAUCUCUUCCAUUAUUUACCGUAAAGCCCUUGAACAUAGAUACGCCACCUGUCCCAUUUACGGAACAGCCCAUUAAUGGGCCAAGUCAAUGUCUGCAGGGACUUCGUGUUAUCGAGCUGUGUCGGGUAAUUGCAGGACCAACCAUUGGUCGAUCCCUAGCAGCGCAUGGCGCAUCUGUCUUGAAAGUUACAUCGUCACAGCUACCAGACGUACCGUUCUUCCAAUUGGACGUCAACACCGGGAAACACACGACAUCCUUACAUCUAAAAAACGCAGGUGAUGUCGAGAUUUUUCGGUCUCUCCUUGAGACAGCCGAUGUGAUCAUCGAUGGAUACCGACCGGGCGUCAUUGCGAGACUCGGUUAUCGUCCCGAGGAUCUUGCAGCAAAGGCGGCUCGGCGCGGCAGGGGUAUCGUCUACGUGGCAGAAGAUUGCUUUGGCGGAAUCGAAAUAGAAGCAGAGUGGGCGGGCCGUCCGGGCUGGCAGCAAAUCGCCGACUGCGUUACGGGCGUGGCAUGGGAGCAAGGUAGUUUCAUGGGACUUAACGAGCCGGUCAUCCCCCCUUUUCCCAUGUCCGACUAUGGCACUGGGUGCGUCGGUACUGUUGCGGCGCUGUCGGGCAUCUACCGUAGGGCUACGCAAGGUGGGAGUUGGAUUUGUCGAACUAGUCUGUCACAGUACGACAUCUUCCUUCUAUCCCUGGGCAUGUACCCGGCUGAGGUCCAGAACAAGCUACGUCGUGAGCACGACCCCAAUUUCUUCGAGCUGCGUCACAACGAUUCUGUCGACGAAAUUGGUCGGCGAGCCUUAGCUAGUGUCAGGUCUCUACACCCGACGCUCUUUGCUAACCAUCUCAUGCAGAGCGCGUAUAGCGAGGGAUUCGGCGGUAUAGUAACGUGGCCUAAAGAGCCACUAACAGUGAGCGGGAUCAAGAUUGGCCACGUGAGGCCAACACGACCGAAUGGUUAUGAUAAGCCCACUUGGGAGCAUUGGGAGAGGGAUGAGUCUCUAUUGGAUGCCUGA